AUAACAGAUUUAUGGAAGGAUGGGCGCUCGUUAAAAUCCCAAAGCAAAAUACGGCCUUUCUUUGUAGUUUCCAUUUUUCAACUGUAGAUACUGAAGGGAGCAAAAUUGGAAGCAGUAGCAACGCCAUGGAAGCAGCUUCUCCUCAACGCACUGGACUCCAAUUCUCACCUCAAGCAUUCUACCUUCUUCUAGCUCGCGACACUCGGAUCGAACGGAAGGCCUUCGAAUCGCACCGUCGCUGUCCAGUGAUCGUACUGUUCUUCAUUCUCUUUCUGUUCGUACGUGAGUUUGUUGGAAGAGUUGAAUGUGUUUUUGGUUGAAUUUUACAGAGGAUUUCAAGAGAACAGUGACAAUAUCCAAAUUAACACCGAUACUAGAAGUCGCAAGGUUCAUUUUAUUAUAUCGUCAAGUUUCUCUAUUCCAAGUGUUUCGCUUAUGAUCAAGAAAUUUUUUUUUUUUUUUAUGUGUCGUUGGAAUUCGGUUUGUUUGGUUGUCAAUUCCAAGUAUUGUUCUUUUGGACAUGUCUUCAAUUAUUAUUUAUUUAUUAUUGUUAUUUUUUUGUUCUGUUGGUUAAUUUUGUUGAAACAGCUUCAUUAUUCACUGUUUUAGCAUUUUGGUUUGUUGGAAAUUGGAUUGAUUUUUUUUCAAAAAAAAAAAAUAUAUGCAGAUAGAAGAGCUGAAAAAAUGCCCCUCUGCCGAGAUAUGUUGGUAUUUUACUGAAUCUUGGGAGCAAUUCCGGAUCGCUGGAAGAACUGAUAUUAUUGAUGGCUCAAAUCCUGAUUGUGUGAAAAUUCAGCAAAGAGAGAAAGCCUGGUUUUCUACUUCUGUUAAAUCACAACUGCAAUAUCUGGGGCCCAAUCCAGGUCUUCCCUUUCUAAGUGAGCAACCAAUUCAGGAUCUUUCUAUAGAUUCCUCUACAGGCCCAGUCAAUGCCUUAUGCCUGCUGGUUCUAGAUCCAGAUCAGGUUUGAUUAUUUGAAUUGGAAGAGUAACCAAAGGGUAGAGUUUGCAUCCAGAUUAGAUGCAACUGGGGCAAAAUGCUGGGCUUCUGAGAGAAUCAACUCAUAACCUGUACUUUUUGCCUCCUAAAACCGUCAUGUGAGCCUGUGAGUUGUGCCCUUGUGACCAUUUAAUGGAGCCUUUGUGAUUCAUUACGAACCCAUCAAUGCCUUGCAUAAACUCUUUGUUUCACUCCUAGAAUUGAAGGGCUCAAAUAUAUGGCAAAAAGCUUGAGCACCAGAGAAGUUUGGUAACAGAGUAAAAUUAUCUUCCAUGCCCACGUUGACGGAAGGCUACCUGUCACACCCGUGAUGAGUACUGCCUCAAUUUAUGUAAGACUUACAGAUGAGUAAGGGCGUCUUAACGCUGUAUAUUAAUACAUACACAUAUUACAU